GCAAAGCGUGAAUUGACAGCGCAAGAAGUUUCCACACUUUGUUUACCACGAGAAAAUAUCAAGGAAAACUAAGAGAAAAUCUGUGCUCGAUUGAUGAUUUGUGCAGAAAUGGCAAAUUCACCGGAAGAACAAUUGCCCGUGAGCCAGGGAAGCGAGGAAAUUUUCCCAGAAUCAUCCCAUGAGAAUAGCGAUAAAGCUUACAUGUUCAACAUUGAUUCGGAUCAAAUUCCCAAGUUUGACACACUCGAUAAGCGUCUCAUUGUUGAAGAGAAAGUGAACAAAUUUAUUCAGGAACACAACUUGAGUCCUGCGGCGGCCAAGGAUCUGAUGACAAUCCUGCGUAGACAUUCAAUAGUGGGGCAGGAGGAGGACAGCGACAUGCCGGAACAGAAGGAGCACGAGAGAAGCCGGGAGGGAAACUGUUGCUGUAAGCAUGUGAAGUACAUUCACCGCGAGAUAAGAAACAUGGACAUUGAGAUGCAUUCUCACAAGGAAAUCUUCAGAAAACUGCCACUGAAGUCCAAGGAAGAGUUGGAAGAAUUUGACGAAUCUUUGAUAAUUCAGAGCAACAAGGAGAAAUUCAAAAACAUUGCAUUGAAACUUAAACUCAGACAAUUCCUGACUGAUGACGUUAUUCUGGGACUGCAUUUUAAGGGAUCGGGAUCCCAGAAAGGCAUUCAGGAUUAUCGUUUUUACGGCAUUUGGAAAGAAACAUCAGCGUCUCCAAGCGAUGUUUUCGCAAAUGUCAUAAAAGGGGAAAUGAGAGCUGCAAAGUCGAGGAUAUACAGUGCCAAAUUCAACAAGAAGAAGAGCAAAUAAGAAAAUUAUAAGAUUGAAUUUACUUAUAAGAAAAUCUACUGAAAUAAAUA